CUCACCCAUCACAUGGCUAGUGAGGUUAGGUUCGUCGAUAAUCUUCAAAAUAAAAUAAAUUCGAUAAUUAUAUAACAAGGCAGUGUUAAAUGCUGAAAACGUGCUCUAUAAUCCAAAAAUCGACAUCAUAUUUCGACAUCCAUCGAAAUUCACGAUUGAUGCUGAUAUUGCUGAUCGGUAACAAUCUACAUUCCGCCGGAAAACUGAUUGCUAGAAUUUUCCCGAGAAAAUUCGAUUUGCUAGCGACGAAAAUAUUCAAGCUGUCCCUCAUUUCAGGAAAUACAGAUGAUACGAUGAGUAAAAGAAAGCUUGACGAUACAGAAACUGAAGAUAGUUUAUCAAAAUCAAGCAAACCAUGUGAAGAUCAAGAUAGCAAUAUUUUAAACAAGGGCACCAAUACUCAGCCAGAAGGUUUGGGAGAAAUUUUCUCAGAAAUUGAUGAGUUACCUGUUGUUGACCCCACUGCUCCUCCCAAGGCGAAAUUAGAAACGAAGGCCCUCAAAGCUAAACGGCCUGGUUUCACUGAUGAUCGCUACAAAGAAACUUCGUAUUAUAUCGAAAAUGGUCUCCGGAAGGUGUACCCAUACUACUUCACCUUCACCACCUUCACGAAGGGCCGGUGGGUGGGCGAGCGCAUCCUCGACAUCUUCGCUAGGGAGUUCCGGGCCCACCCGGCCGAAGAGUACGAAAGGUGCAUCGCGGCUGGCACCCUCACUGUCAACUACGAGAAGGUGCCGGCCGACUACCGUCUCAAGCACAACGACCUGCUGGCCAACGUGGUGCACAGACACGAAGUACCUGUGACUAGCCAACCGAUCGCCAUUGUGCACAUGGACGAGGACAUAGUGGUGGUCAACAAACCUGCCUCUAUCCCCGUACACCCCUGCGGGAGGUAUAGACACAACACGGUGGUCUUCAUUCUCGCCAAAGAACAUAACCUGAAAAACUUGCGAACUAUUCACAGGUUAGACCGGUUGACCAGCGGCUUGCUGCUUUUCGGGCGGACUCCCAAAAAAGCCAGACAAAUGGAGCACCAGAUCAGAAACAGGCUGGUGAGCAAGGAGUAUGUGUGUAGAGUCGAAGGAGAAUUUCCAGAUGAAAUCAUCGAAUGUAAUCAACCCAUUGAAGUAGUGAGUUAUAAGAUAGGAGUUUGUAAGGUAUCAGAGAAGGGCAAGGAUUGUACAACUCACUUCCAAAAAUUAGGCUACAAUGGCAAAACCAGUAUAAUAUUGUGCAAACCAAAAACCGGAAGAAUGCAUCAAAUAAGGGUACAUCUUCAAUAUUUAGGCCACCCGGUAGUGAACGAUCCCCUGUACAACCACGAAGUGUUCGGGCCGCUGAAAGGCAAAGGCGGCGACCUGGGGGGCAAGACGGACAAGGAACUCGUCAGAGACCUGAUUCACAUCCACAACGCUGAAAACUGGCUGGGCAUGGAUGGCGACACGGAGCCGUCGAUGUUCAACGGGAAAUCGGAGUUGGACGACGCGCUAGUCGGACCGAUCGUGCCUAAAGAUCCCGUUCUGGGCGAAGACGACCCCGCCGGCCAACCGUCCCGCGAGUCCUCCCCCUGCGGCAGUCCCAACGGCGACCACGCCUCCACAUCUCGCCUCGACCCCCCAGCGACCUCCCUGCGCGAUCCUCCGGCGACUUCCCCGCGCGAGCUCCCGGCGACCUCCCUGCGCGAUCUUUCGGCGACCUCUCGUCGGGAGUCCGCCGCGACCUCGCCCGACGCGCGCCGAGGCCGUCCGGUGACGGUGGCGACGCAGACGGGCCACGAGACGCCCGACCUUGCCUUUUCUGCUGAGAAGAUGACGGCCGACGAGCACUGCUACGAGUGCAAGGUGCGGUACAGGGACCCCAAGCCGCAGGAUUUGGUCAUGUAUUUGCACGCGUGGACAUAUAAGGGACCAGGUUGGGCGUUUUCCACUGAACUUCCUGAUUGGGCCAGACUCGACUGGACAGAGGCAGACAUAUCCGAUUGAUGGAAAUGGAAAUUAUUUCAAUAAAUAAUCAAAAAAAUAUUUUUCGGCAUUCUUUAUGAUUUAUUCCAGGCUCACAACGUAUUAGAAUUCAUUAUAUUAUGGCGGGGUCCCAAGUUUCAUGGUAAGCUGUAAAAUUACUUGAAUUGGUAUUUCAGUGCUGAAAAAAUGAAUUUUUAGCAAAAUCGAUUGAAAAUGCAAUAGGGGAAGAUUGCAAACUGCAAAUAUUUUUCUAUCCAAAUGAGAUGGCUUCAAUAGAAGAUGAUAAAUCAAUAAAUAUAUUUAAAUCAUUCCCUAUCAAAUGAGAACUGAAAUACAAUAUUGUGCCUUGAUUAUGAUAUAUACCACAAUUAGUUUGCAAGUAUUGUAAUGAAAAAUCAACAUCUAGGCAACUAGUUAUAUUUAUGAAUAAUUCAUCCAUAUCAACUUUCAAGGACCCUUGCUUCUGAUUUAAGUAAUGGUAAAAAAGUUAAUGAAAAAUGAUGGAAACUGCGUUUUGUUUCUCUUGUCUCUUGAUAGCAUUUUUUUAAAUCCUAAUUCUAAUUUUUCAUAAGUGUUACGUCCACGAUGCUUGAAUCUGACAUCAGUGUGACCUGGCAUAAGAACAAACGUGGAUUCCAACAAUAUUUUAUUUAAUCAAACGAGCUUUGUCAAAAGUUUUGUCGGAAAAAGUUGAUGAUUUAAGUAGAAUAAGCAUCUACGUUCAGGUACCUGUGAAUCCAAAAAAUAAUACCUAGCUCGAUUGAAGAAUUGGACCUUAUGGUUGAGUUUGUAGUGAUUCAGAGCCAGCUGUUGAAACUCACUAUUCAUCUAUCAAUCUUGUACAUUCUUCACUCAACCAAUAUAAAUGGACUAUCGUUUUAAUUUUCCUCUUUUUUGCAUAGAUAAACGAAUGAAAUAUUUUUCGUGAAUGUCUAUACGGUGUUACUACCCCUAGUAGAAGUCAAUUAAAUCUCGAAUUAAAGUGAUUGGGUUUGGAAGUAGAGGAAGUAUAUUAAAUUUUUACUGAAUUUCAACUUCAGCCAGAUGUUGAUGUUGGUAAUUUUACAAUAAAGUGAAAGCUUAAAAAAAUUAUAAAUUUGUCUACUUCAAUAUCAUUUCUCUAGAUUUUUUUUGAAAUGUCUCUUCUUUCUACAAAUGAACAUGUGUGUAGUGUCGGCAAAUCAGUUGGUUUCCUCCCAAAUGUCAAUGCAUUUAAAAAUGUCAAUAUAGAAAACCUAUAAAAGUGACAUUCAACCUAUAGGUAGUAAGUGGCACUGCUUUGUUUUCGUCAUCGAAAUGAAACAGAAAAAAGCAUUUGCAAAAAUAAUUUUCCAAUAUUGUAUUGAAAACGAUGAUUGAAUGCAAUCAAGAUUUUGUUGUAAUUUUUACAUUUGGGUUUUUAUGGGUUCACAUGAACCUGUCAAUGUUAACAUAAAGAUGAACAAUUUAUUAGUUAAGCACUGGCUCGGAUUGUUUCUAAAUGUUUGAGUAGAAUAGUUUAAGAAACUUCAUUUUUUCCAUGUUAGCGUCAGUAUUCUGCAUUUUGAUAGGAUGUAGGCAGUCACAGUCGAAUAUUAAUUUAAAUAAUUGAAUUAAAUAUGGUGAGAAGAUAAUGUACAGGGUGGGCUAAUUUGGACACUUCUAAAGGGAAAGUCCUAUUUCCGAAUCAAAUGGAAAAAACUGAUGUCGAUUCUCAUGAAAAACUCAAUGGUGAAAACCUCAUAUCGAUAUCUGUCUCCGUUUCGGAGUUACAAGGUUUUUAAUCGAGAAUGGGCAUUUUUGGAAAGUGGCUACAUAUUUUUUUUUUGGGCAAAGAUUGUCUUCUCAUGAAAAUAACUGCAAAGCACUGGGUUUGUGAUGAACAUUGUUCUCGAGGCACUGAAAUCGGCCUUCCUAUAUAUAGUUCAAGAACAUAACUUGUUCUUCUUGAAGGAAAAGUUCUGUUUUGCAACUAGGGGUAUACGGUGACUGAUAUCAGUGCCUGAGGAUCAAUUUUCAUGACAAACACAAAGCUUUAGUAAUGUUUUCAUGAAAACGAAGAAUUCUUAACAGAAAAAGAGUUUUAGUGUUACUACCGAUACAACAAGGCCUGCAUGCUCCGUGGGUGACGUCACUUAGUGAGGCCUAACCAGCGGCUCGAAACGACAAGCGCUUAUAGCGCUAUAUAAGGCGACCGCGUAUUUCGAUUUCAGUUUUAGAUCAUCAUUGAGCCGAUUUUGCUGUUUUUUGAAGGGCUUCCGGUUAAAAAAGGAUGCCAGUCGUCAACUGAGCCCUUCUUCGCACCCCAUUCAAUUUUAUUAUGGAAAAACGAAGUUUUAAAGCAAAAACCAGGAUAAAACACAAAUAUCCACCUACAGCAACCCAUUCGAAUUAAAUAUAUUGGCAAAAAUUGUGGUGAAGGUAAACUCCACACCUACUUAUACAGGGCCCGCAGAACAUAAACUUAUCGUGAGAUUGAUCGAAAGAAAAUUGUGGAAAAUGUAUUUUAUUUUGAUUGACAUGCCGUUUGAUACAAUUACCUAUAUUUAUCUUGGAGAAUUCCUAUUACCUGAAAAAAUAACCAGUGAGUGUUUUCAAUUUUCUGUUGUUGGAUCUUUCACCCAAGUGGAUCGUUACACUUGAAACCGUAAUUUUUUAGGGUAAAACUGCAUUUAUCAUGCGAUGGUUUUUUUUUUGAAAAUUUUUUUCGGUACUCACGUAUUUUUGUCUGAUAAACCGGAUUUUAUAAUGAAAAUGUGAACAAACCACUAUUUAUUGAGAUAUUUCAAGAAAAAGUUCGAAAUUUCGCCUUCUUUCUCCCCUUGUGUUGGGGGCAUUUGAAGCUACUUGCUCUUAUUUUGUCAUUGGACACUUUAUAUACUUUAUGGCGAAUUAUUCAUAUUUAGUGAACAAGCAUUCCAGAUGACGACCAUUUAAUCAAUAGUCAAUCAAAAUACGAGAUGUCAAAUGUCAAUAGAUUGCUUUCGAAUGACAUUACACACGCCAUUAUUUUGAAUGAUAUUCUUCCUUCUUUUCACUUAAUAUGUAUUAAUCUCAAGAAAAUCGUAUUUAUAGUUGAAUUAUAUAUAAAUUGUCCAAUAUGAUGAAAAAAGAAGGGAAAUUUGUUCUAAAUGCCACCCAGAAGACAGGUGAAGAAGAAGGUGAAAUUUGGAAUUUUUUAGUCAAUUAUCUUCAUGAUAAGUUUCAUGAUAAAUGCAGUUUUCCCUUUUUAAGUAGAGUGUUUGUAGUUCAUGUUAAUAUGAUAGUUGCAAUUUGAUCAUUGGAAUGAAUUCUGCAUUCAUUGCCACGAGGCAAAUUACCGUUUGAGAAUGAGGAUUAAAAAUGCCCGUUAAUUAUGAACAUUCAAGAAAUUCUCCUCGAAUUCAGAGAUGAUUUUGUUGACUAUAAUAUACGAAUACAAAACUAACUGCACAAUCAAAGCUUUUCUAUUUUUCCUCUACCUAUACUUUUUAUGAGAGAGUAAUAAUUGUCUUCUAUUAUUAAUUCAUCAUUAUAAAUUGAGCUCUGUUUACUACUGAAUUUAGAAGGAGUAAAAUCCUCGCGGUGAAUUGCAUAUACCCACAUUUUCGAUAGCUCCUCGUCCAACGGGAAACUAAAAGCAUGAACUUUUGAACCACCCACAUAAUUCCCCCGACAAAAGGGAACACAACACUUGAAAGGCAUUGUUAUUUCGCAUCACAACACAAAAUAUUUCACAGAACAGUAAUUUUUCCGCCAAUUAUUUUGAUGAAGAAUUCGGGACCGUUUCAAAAACAUACGUGAAUCACCGAUGAAUUAACACGAACUGACGCGUUAGUCGACAAGCGAUAAAAUAAAACACUGGCUUCUCUUGGUGACGUCACGAGCUGUUUACGUCAGAGUCUGCUGGCCUUGUUGUAUCGGUGUUAACGGUUUUAGCCACUUUCAAAAAUUCACAUUUUCGAAAAACACUCAGAAAUAAAGAUAGAAUUGAUCAACAGGCACCAACAUCACAUUUUUUCUGUAUUGUACGGGAAUAGAACUUUCCCUUCAAAAGUGCCCAAUUUGGUCCACCUUCUACAGGGUGUCGCAACUCAUUUUAAAAAAAUAUCAUAACAUUUUUAAUUUUUGAAUAUUUUUCCACGCGGUAAAAAUCUUAUACAGGUCCUUUUCGACAUAGUGUAAGGUAAUAUCUGUCAAAAAAUAUAUCGCUUAUCAUUUUUUCGAGAUCACAUCAACUAGAUUUUUCUAUUGUCCUCAAUAUGUGCAGCCUUAAUAUAUCUACUUUGUACUGGAGCCUACAUUCUAUCGAUGAAAAAAGACAUUUUGUAAUAUUUUGUGAUAUUAUUUAAUUCUGGUUUUAAUACUUUGACUCUCAUCGAUGUUGAGAUUUUGGAAUGUUGGGAAUAUAUUGUUGAAUAUAAUGUCAGUGCUAACUCAUAAUAAUUAAAAUUGUAUCUAGGAAUAGGGCAAAUAAUAUGAUAUAUGGCUAGAAGAUGAUUGGAAAACUGAUUCCAAUCAAACAAUUCUUAUAUCUUCGGAAUUGAUUUUAUCGUAUUACCCUGUAUAUUGUUUAGUAGCGAAAUUUGUAAUUAGUCUGGAGAAAUUGAACAAUAUAACCUUUGUCGAUAUUCAAACAUCUAGACAAGUAAUAAUAUAGAAGAAACUAUCUGGAGCAAGUGAGUUUCCAUUUUUUGUUAAAGGUCUAAUAAUAUCAAUUCUAUUAAUUGUUUUAAUGCUUUGGCAUCUCAUAGAUUGGACAUCUAUGAGAUGAAUAAAAUAUAACUAUUAUAUUUAUUACUAGUUUAGAUGUUAUGAAUACUAUCUCUGUUGAUAUUGUUAGGAUAAAAAUAAGAACAUUCUUAAUGAAUUCAAAUCAACUGGUGAUGGUUUCUUUAAAAAAAGUUAUUGUUAUAAGUGUUACAAGUAAGGUUAUUGAAAUUCGUGAUUGUGAAGACAAUUUAUAGGGACCUAAACGUGUUAAUCUGGUUAGUUUUUAAGUAGCAAAAAUUGAGAAUGUGGUGUGCAAACUCCUAAAAUCAAAUGCUGGAUCAUUGAAGAUUUUACUUGGAAGAAAAACUGCAGAAAGUUGAAAUUCGAAGUCAUAUUACUCGAUUUUGAAAAUGAAUACAUUGUACACUGAAUAUUUCAUACAGUGUAAAUACCUUGCAUUAUGAAAAAUAUAUAAGAAUAUAAUAUCAAUUCUCAAUCUACAGGGUAUUUCACGAAGCGCUUGCACUAUCCAGAACCGCAGUUGCAAGGAACUCAUGAGCAUGUGCUUGCUUGUAUUUGAGAUUACGCUCUCUUCGUUUAAAAUAUUUUCGACAAUGCAGUGUUGCCGCUGCUACUAGAAAGUAGUAGCAACUUUGAUAUUUCAAAAGGAAUACCCUGUGUUUCAUAACAUUUUCAGAUUCUCCCUGAAAGUGCUGAUUUCAUCAAUAUAUCACACUUGGGGUCUAGCGGGAAUGAUUACAGAGAUAUUGGGUGUUCAAAAUCGAGAUUUUUCAACUCUAGGAUUUUUGUUGGAAACUAUUCAUUAUUAAACGGUACACAUGUCCCUAUUUUAUCUUCUGAUUUACUGUCCACUGCCAUUUAAUAUGAACAGAUACAGGGUGGUUCAAGAUUCAGAAUUCUGAUAGACCUGUAUCGGUUCCAAUUGAAUGUCAGUUGAUAGUGAUAAAAGUUUAGAUAUAGAUGAAAGCCGUUUUGAACUAUAAUUAAUAGUUUCGACACAAAAAAAUCCUAAAGUUGAAAAAUCUCGAUUUUGCACCACCUAUAUGUAUGUUAUCAUUCCCGCUAGGCCCGAGUGCGAUAUAUCGAUGAAAUUCGCUCUUCUGAAGAAUAUAAAAAUGCAAUAUGAUAUGAAAUAACAAAGUUGUUGCCAUUUUUCGAUUGAAGAGGCAACACAGCGUUGUCGAAAAUAUGUUAAACGAAGAGAGCGUAAUCUCAAAUAUAAGUAAGCACAUUCUCAUUUUCCUGCCAUUGAUGGGAAAGACCACUGAGGGAAGAAAUCCGUGCAAACCUCUUUCAAUCGACGAAUAAUGAUUUACGUUUUAUGUACAAUCAAUAUUAUGAGUUGAAGUUGAAGGGAAUCGAAUCUAUAUCGUUCUGAAAUCAGCAUAUUUCAUUCGAUAUUUCAAGAAGCCAAAUAUGAUAGUGGAGCCGUGACGUAUUAGUCCCGAACUGUAUCUAUCUCUGAUACCUCGUCAUUCUGCAGUGCUGCAGUGUGAUUGGUCAGUUCAAGGACAAUAGGCGUGUUGGGACUAAGACGUCGCACCAGCCACACCAAUAAAUUGACAAAAUUUCGAAUGGCGCAGGAAUUAAGUGUUUUGAAAUGGACAUAUCCUAAUUUACUUUACUCAUCGUCUUAGCAUGAAUGAAAAAUUUCAAAAUUAAUUCACUGGUAGUUUUUUAGUAUAGAGGUCAAGAUAAUGUCGAUUUAAAAAAUCAGUGGUCUCCCCCAAAGAUAGUGUAAGGUCGCCGUGACAUACCAUGUAUAAUGAAAUUGAAAUGCGUGCAUGAGAAUAUCAUAUAAAGGCUUGCACAAUAUUUAUAUUUUUCGAAUCAUAAUGAUAUCCUCAAAUUCUCUUCAGUUUUUUCUCUGAACUUUGAAGAAAAUUGGAUUUCAGAAAAAAUGUUCAAAAUGCAUAUCUUUUAUCUAGCGAACAUAAAAAAUAUUCUAAAUUUCAUACAAUCCAUAUGAGCUUAUCCAGUCUUUUAUAAAUUUUUAAAUAAUGAAUUGAUAUAUAAUCGAAUUUUAGUUUAGCUUAGAGCUUCCAUUUAUGACUUAAUAUGAUGCUGACUUUUAGCAAAACGAUAAAUAUAAACGUUUAUUAACACGAAAUGGAAAACGUAUUUUCUUACUACCAUUAUAAAUGGUAAAAAUUUGCAUUAUACCUAUGUAGAGGUUUUCGAUAUAUAAUCAGAUCAUAGUUUUCAAUGAAAACUCUUGAAAUGGGGCACAUUUCCUUUUCAAAAUAGUCACCCUUAUUGCCAUUUCAUUUAUAUUCUUUAAGUUCAUGAGUUAUACAACUUAGUUUAGAUUAUUUUAAUCUUAUAUGUGAUUAACAAAAGACAGAGUUGAAGUUCGCAAAAGUCGUUGUCAUGUUGCUAUAGUGGAAUAAUCGCACAGUAUACAAAAACAUACACUUGAUAAUGAGAAAUGGAUUUUAUCAAUCUUCGACUUGUGAUAAAUGUAUACUAAAAAGUAUCCCAGUAUUGCAAUUAUGAAACGAUGUAGUUUUUAUUUGUUGUUGGAUUUAUAGUGUAGAUCAAAGUUAUGCCAGGGAAUCAUUUUGCUACAUAUAUUAUGUGAUGUGUAGUCAAGAAAAAAUCAUGUAUUUUACUGAACAUUGCUAUCAAUACUAAAAUAGGUAAAAAUAUGCACCUACAAAUUUACAGAUAGAAUAAAUAUAUCAGAAUUAAUUGGAAUACAGACCGAGUAAAAUGCCGAUUUUUUCUUGUCUCUGUUGUAUUUGUUACCUGUUAUUUAACGUUGAACAGUUUAUGAAAUAUUUCAGAAAUGCAUGCAAAUCCGGCAAUUAUUUUCUUGGUAUAAGUGUAUUAUAUUUGGAUUGAAGUUCA